AUGGAAUCUUUGGUGGCAAACGAAGAGACUCCAGAGCAUGAGGAAACUGUGUGCUGGCCUUCUGCGCAAUGCUACCGAGAGCUGGUGCACAUGGUCAGCACCUGGAUGCCGGAGAUUCGUGUGAACUCAGAAGGGGACUAUGCAUUCUCAUUGCGCUUUGUAGUUGCAGCGAUUCUACUCACCUUGUUUCUGACUGUAUUGGGGCCGUUCGUGGCUCCAAUCGCGAUCGGUUUAGUGGCUCUUCGAAUCACUGAAUGGAACUGCUUGCGUGCCUUGUCACAGAUUUUCAUGGUUGGGCUUACCGCCUUCCCGCUGUACCUUCUGUGGACUAUGACCGCAGUGGCGUUUCGAAUGGACACCCUGCAAGAGUUCAGAAAGGCAGAGAAUUCCGUCCUAGAGCUCUGCGGCCCCUUCCUAUGCCUUCUUAUCUUAUCUCUUGUAUUUCUGGCGGAGGUCUGCCACUACUGCAUCGAAGAAAGCACCGGCCGGAUGCUCUUGGACGAGCUGUCGGAGAUCCAAGAGCAGGAUUCUUUCAGCGGUCGGAUGUUAGAUACGCACAACUUGCACGACUUUGGCAGUAAGUUACAGGAGGUCCUGAACUACCUGCAUCGGUACAUCCGGAAGAAGCCAGCUAGAAUCUUCGGAGAUGAGUCUCCCGGCAUCCUGACGAGCCGGUUCAUGAAGGUUAUGCUGCGGAUGAUCAUCAUGAACUCGCCAGAAGACAGCCCUCAGGCAGAGUCGCAGGAGCUUCGUGGAAUGCUUCAGGAUGCCUCUGGGAUAUCCAAGCAAUUCUCGCCUCUUCGGCUGUUGAUUCUGGUGACGUUCAGCCUGAUUCCCGCGCUGUUUCCGGCCAUCUGUCGCUUUAUCAGCGGGAACGACGCUUUUAUGCUGUCUGACCACACCAACGUGUGGCGGUGCCGAAGGGCAUACUUGUUCAUGGCUUUUUGUACCACAAUGAUGCUGAUCAGCACCUGUCAUGAUCUCAUCGAAAGUCUUGACAAAAUCCAGCUCUCCACUCUAGCAACCAUGUACCUCGCUGCCCCCAGAAAGCGUCGUGCGGUAUUGGUGGCAAUAUACAAGGCGCGCUUUGACAAGCUCGUCCUGCAUGCGGAAGGCGCAAAGGAGUCCGUGCCCCUCGUGGAAGCAGAAUCGGAGCUGCUGCAGCGUGAGGAUGCCCCAAGUCCUGAUGAUGUCACCGCGCCAGCACUGCUUUCGAGAGGCUUCGGCCACCUCAGAUUCGUGUUAUCCAGGCCAAGCUGGUUAACUUCGGGAAGCCCUCGUGCGUCAGAGGACCCUGGCAGUCCUGAACCAAGGAGCUCGGCAUCUCUCGGACUUCGUGGGAAUCGACCGGUGCCGAUCUUGCAGAGGAACCUGGCGGAAAACGUCAAUGACCGGGUCUCCUAUUUGGCCACGAGGAGGUUUUCUGCCUUGCAGCUUCUCGCCCGAGCAGACUGUUUAGUGAUGGAGUCGAAGUCUCAAGUAGUUCUUCUGGUCCUAGCAUUCAUCAUGAUUAUGUGCGCUGUAAUUCUGGCUUGCUCCGUUGGCCUGCUGCAUGGCCAGCAUGCCAUUACGCCUUUGUUCUGCAUGGUCUUCCUGCCCCUUGUUCUGAUCGUGAUGUUGGACAUCAUGAACAAGUUGGUCGACCUCGAGAAUUACUUCUAUGAGGACACCUUGAAGAUUCUCCAGAGCUGGCGAGAGCGAAUGGAGCGUCUUCGAUAUGCCGUUACCAUAGACGAAGCCAUAUCCGAAGAACGCACACAUGUGGAUAGCUUCUUCACGAGUCUUAUCGAUCCGGUGGCUGCUCUCAUCGACUACACCAAGAAUUGGCAGAAGCGUGUGCGGAUCUUCGGCUUAGACGCUUCUAGCUCGCGACGAAAUCGUCUCCUGCUGUCCUUUGUGGCAUACUUUGCCCUGGUCCUCUGGCAGUACUGGAGACAGGCGGAAUGGUUCGCCGAGCUAGAAGCAGAAUUCUUAGACAUUGUUUACAACCACAGAAUCACUCUUUCUUGA